AUGCCAUCGGAUAGCAACACUGGAGCUUCUACUUAUCACGAAGAACAUGGAAAUGGCGGUAGCGGUGGUCGCGGUGGUGACCGUGACCGUGGCAGACGCGGUGGCUGGAGACCCAGAAGAAAAUACUGGGAGCUAGACGCGUCGAGAUCGAAUGGCAACAGAGGAUUCAGCGGCGCCACUACCGUAACCACCAGCAGUAUCAGCGCCAGAGUCAGAACUACCAAGGCCACCAUCACCAAGAUCACCAUCACCAAGAUUACCACAACCACAACCAGCAGCACCAAGACCAGCAGCACCAAGACCAGCAGCACCAAGACCAGCAGCACCAAGACCAGCAGCACCAAGACCAGCAGCAGCAGCAGCAGCAGCAGAGACAGGAAGGACAGUAGAAAGGACAUCCGGGGAUAUGUGUACUCGGUUGAAGAGCCACAGUGCGACUGUAUCUCUAUUAAAAAUGGCAUGCGCGUGCGGAUGAAAAAUCACCUCUUCUCAAUGGUCCCAAUCCGAAACUAUGCUUACAACACCCCUCCACUUACAUGCGUCACAUUUCUCAGAGAUUAUGCUGCUGUCCAGCUCGGUACAUUUGGAACAGGCAGGUAG